UUGAUAGGCAUGGCUUCCUCCUCAGCUUCUCCGACACCGGGCACCGCCGCUGAGAAAUCGAAGAAAGGGUUAGGGUUUUUGUCUUACGCGAUGAAACAGAAGGACGAUUUCAUUCAAUUCUUCACAAUGAAGGGAAUCCUUCUCCUCAACAUGCGAUCUUUAGGGCAGAAAUACAAAAUCCACAAUCUCGAGGAAGAUAUUCACGUUCUCAGGGACGAGAACGCUUCUCUCUCUGAUCGCAUCAGAAACAUCAAGCGGGACCUCUUUCGAGAAGCUUCUCUUGACUCCUCCGGCCUCUUCGCUUCUCGCCUUCGCCGCCUCUUUUCCCCAGAAUGAUUGUCCGUAAGUUUUUGUUACUGUUCUUGAUCUCUCAACAAACAAUUUCAACUA